CCAGCUGGAUUUCCUGAUUUGAUUUGACUCACACAUCAGUGCGAUUCAAUAAGGAGCAACGCUUACUGGUUGUGACAGACCCAGUUACCCAGAAACCAGAACCGAAAGACCAAACCUGCUGAGACUGCUGCUUGGCUUCUCCAGCGGCUCCGGCUCCCCCUACAGGCCAAACGGAGGGUCACAGGUUGAAUUCUGGGCGUGACUUAUGAUUUACAUGAGCAAGCAGAGCUGUUCCUGUUGUGAGGAAAUGAAACUUACGGGAAUGUUCUGACUGAACGGUGCAAUGUCUUACAAAGGAUUUCACCUGGACCGAAGGAAAUACUCCUGUUCCAUCUGUUUGGAUCUACUGAGGCAUCCGGUGACUAUUCCCUGUGGACACAGCUACUGUAUGAACUGCAUUAAAUACUUCUGGGAUGGAGAAGAUCAGAGGAGAAUCCACAGCUGCCCUCAGUGCAGGAAAACCUUCAGACCGAGGCCUGUCCUGGAGAAAAGCAUCAUGUUAGCAGAGUUGGUGGAGGAUCUGAAGAAGACUGGACACCAAGCUGACCCCUGCUAUGCUGGACCUGAAGAUGUGGCCUGUGAUGUCUGCACUGGGAGGAAGAUGAAAGCUGUCAAGUCCUGUUUAACCUGUCCAGCUUCCUACUGUAAGAAUCACCUCCAGCCUCAUUAUGAUGCUCCACCGUUACAGAAACACAUCCUAGCGAACCCCAGCAAGAAACUCCAGGAGAACAUCUGCUCUCGUCAUGAUGAGGUGAUGAAGAUCUUCUGUCGUACUGAUCAGAAGUUUAUCUGUUAUCUCUGCUUACUGGAUGAACAUAGAGUCACUGAAGUUGGUGUCUUCCUGCCAAAUCCAGAACCAAAGAACAGAGCUGGAUUCUUAAAGUAUUCAUGUAGAAUCAGACUACAUCCAAACACAGCAAACAAAUACGUGUUAUUGUCUGAUGGGAACAGAAAAGUGACAUUAAUGAAUCAUCGGCUGUCUUAUCCUGAUCAUCCGGAAAGAUUCACUGACUGGUUCCAGGUCCUGAGCAGAGAGAGUCUGACUGGACGUUGCUACUGGGAGGUGAAGAGGAGAGGAAGAGGAGUUGAUGUUGCAGUUUCAUACAGGAACAUCAGCAGAGCAGGGAAAUCCAACAAAUGCGCAUUUGGGUUCAAUGAGAACUCCUGGUCAAUAUCGUGUCAGAAAACGGGUUAUACUUUCUGGCAUGAUGGUGCUGAAACUCAGAUACCAGGUCCAGUUUCCUCCAGAAUAGGAGUGUACCUGGAUCACAGAGCAGGUAUUCUGUGUUUCUACAGCAUCUCUAAAACCAUGACUCUCCUCCACAGAGUCCAGACCAGAUUCACUCAGCCUCUGCAUGCUGGGAUCCAGUUCUAUUACUACUUACAUUCCUACCGAGGAGGAGACUCUGCUGAGUUCAUGAAACUGAAAUAGAGAUUAGUUUGGUGAAAAGUGUCAUUUCAGUCACCACAGUUUUUACCAUGAAGUCAUUACUGAACUUUGAACAAUGGCCCCAUUGUUCGAAGUUAAACUUUUAAACACACUUUAUAUUAAGAACUUUAUUUCUUGUUUUUUUGUUUUGGUUUAUUUGCUUUUAAGGGACGAGGUGUUCAGGCAAUAGCUACUUUAAAAAUGUAGGUGUGUGUAAUGAAUUUAACAAAAACCAAAGGCAAUAUUUAAUUUGACUGUUAAAUUGAUGUAAAGUCUUUUAACUCACAAGUUACAGAAAUAAAGCUGACUUGUCUUGA